ACGGCACAGGGAUAACGUUCAUGCUUCUUCCAUGAAAUCAUUGGAUUCCUUGUUAAAAUUCUAUUUUUUCCCAUAAAAAUGAAGGAACGGCACAGGGAUAAUUCCCACCUUUGUUCCAUUGGAUUCCUUCUUAAAAUUAAAAAUUUUUCCAUGAAAAAGAAGGAACGGCACAGGGAUAACGCCCACCUUUCUUCCAUUGGAUCCCUCCUUAAAAUUCUAUUUUUCCCAUAAAAAUGAAGGAACGGCACAGGGAUAAAUUCCACCUUUCUUCCAUUGGAUCCCUCAUUAAAAUUCUGGUUUUUCCCAUAAAAAUGAAGGAACAGCACAGGGAUAAUUCCCACCUUUCUUCCAUUGACUCCCUCAUUAAAAUCCCAUUUUUCCCAUAAAAACGAAGUAACGGCACAGGGAUAAUUCCCACCUUUCUUCCAUUGGCUCCCUCAUUAAAAUCCCAUUUUUCCCCUAUUUUUCCCCGUUUUCAGCCACCCUGCCCAUGGCGUUCGCGCCUCCCAAAAUUCCGGACGGAUCCGCGCUCCGGCUCCGCCUCAGCUCCUGGACCCCCCUCAACCACCAGCGCAUCAACCACAAGGUAUUUGAAGAAAGACGAGCCCUCCUUGGAAAAUGGUUUGACAAGUGGACGGACGGGCAGAGGAGGAGGAUCCUGCUGGACCUGCUGGAACGCUGCUCGCCGUCGCAGCAGAAGUUCUGCGCCGGGCAGCUGCGCGUCCCCGUCGAGGCCGUGGACUUCAGCACCACGCUGCCCCGAGUCCUCUCCUUGCACAUCUUCUCCUUCCUGGACCCACGGAGCCUCUGUCGGUGCGCGCAGGUGAGCUGGCCCUGGAAGGCGCUGUCGGAGCUGGACCAGCUGUGGAUGCCCAAGUGCUGCCGGUUCGGGUGGCGGCUCGGGCCCGGCCCCUCGCCCGCCGCGCCGGGCGCCUGGAAGAAGCUCUACGUGGCCAUGGUGCGCGAGCUGCGCAUCGCGCGGCCCGAGACCCCGGCCAAGGCCCAGCUCGUCGUGGCCGAGGCGCAGCCGGGAAAACGCCGCGGCCCCGAGGGGAAACGUUCCGUGGGGACCACCAGGGAGCUCCGGCCGUGGCGCCCGGCGGACAGGAACCCCGCGGACACCGCCCAAAGCUACAACCACCUGGACAACCUGGACCCCACCGAGCAGGCCAGGCGGGCUGGGAUCCCAGCCUGCCUCCGUUCCCGCGGAACGUUUCAACGCCAAUUAUUCCUGCAAAUCUGCCAUUUAUCCUCAAUUACAGCGGAUUAUUGCGAGGAGGGCGAGGAAUUCCGUGAGAUUUGCCUGUUUAUUGAGGAUCUGCCUUUAAUAUCCCUUAAGCUGCGGGUAAUUGCUGCAGCUCGGGCUCGUCUCUGCUGAUUAUUCCGGGUGCUGACCCAAGCUCCCGCUCCCCCAGCGACGUUCCGCCGCUUCUUUUCCACGCACACCUCGCCGCCCCUUCCCAAAAAAUCCUCCCACCGAGGCUCGGCGCCGUUGGAGGAUGUUUGGGAAUGGGAAUUCAGCUGGAUCCAUGGAGCUGGGGGACACCUCCAGCAGGUUUCUGGUGUCUCUGUGGGAUCCACCUCGGCGCAGGCAGAACCCUGCCCGAGCUGGAACAGAAAUCCCGAGGGAAAAAUCUCCCACCCUGGAGCUCAAGGGCAGGACAACCUCUCCUGGUGUAAAAUGGAUUUUGGGAGGGUGUCCAACGAGACGCUGCCACAACAGAAUCCAUUUAUUCACCCGGGAUUUGCCACGGGGAAUCCGGCACGGGAAACGACUUUUGCUGCAGCCUGGAAAAAGGAGCAGGGCUGGGGCUUUUCCUUGAGGAGAAACCCAAAGUGGUGGUGGGCAGGAAAAACCUGCGGGGAGCUCUUCUCACCCCAAAACCCCCUGAGCCAACAAAUCCUUUAUUUCCCACUCGAGCGGCCGAGGAAGCUGCGGAGAAUUCCUUGUGGAUCAAGAGGAUCACAUCAAAGGAAUGCCUGACGCCACCAUCAAAGCCAGGUGGGAGACGAGUCGCUGGCUGCUGCCUUGACUCCGAAUUAAUCUCCCUAAUUCCAGGCUGGCUUUGGCACAAUUGAAGAGGUAAUCGACCAAAAAGAAGUUUUUCACAAAGUCUUGGGCCUGGUUAAAAUCUCCUCAGAGCCCGACCUCGCUCUGCAGUUGUUUUCUGGUGCAAAGGGAGGGGAGGGCUCUGCUGCUCAUCACAUCAAGGGGAAAUAUUGGCAUUUAAAUGGCAGAAUUCAUGGAAUUCCAGAAUGGUUUGGGUGGAAAGAGACAUUAAAAUUUAUCCAGUUCCAACCCUGACACCUUCCACCAUCCCAGGCUGCUCCAAGCCCCAUCCAGCC